GUCCUUCAGCUAAAAAUUCUGGAAAGCCUUAUUAUGUCUGCAAUCAAGAAAAUCGAUGCAAAUUUUUCGAAUUUGAAGAAAAAGCAAUAGAAAGACUUCGAAAUCUUGGGGUAAUUAAAGACAGUAAUCCUUCUCCUUUGCUUUUUAACAUGGAUCAACCAAAUGUAGCCACCCAUUCCGCUGUCAAAAGAAAAGCCACUAGUGAUGAUGAUGAUGAAAUUAGUUUUUGGACUAGUGCUCCCAAGAAUAAGGAUGCAGGACCUAUCACCGAACAUAUGAGCCGACAAGAUCGACUGUUGUUAGCAUCCAAUAAACGAAUUAAGUUUUUAUUGGAUGAAUGGAACGGUUCUAAAGAUGAAUUAAAGCGCCAGAAGCAAGAAAUAGAAUAUUUAAGGAAUAGAAUCCAAGAGAUAGAAAAUGAUCGUUCUUCGAUUUCCCAGACGUACGCAAAUGAAUUAUACAAAAAUAGGAUAGAUUUAGUUUCCUCAAACGCGUACAAUACUCAACUUCUUAAAGAGAUUGAAACUUUGAAAAUUUCGAAAGACCUCGAGAUCUCACGACUUUCACAAAUGGUGAUUAGUUAUGAAAAACAACUUAAGGAUGAUAAUGAUCAAAUAAACAAUCUUGUCAUUCAAAACAAUCAUUUGGCAGAUGCAAACAGAUGUUUGGUUCAAAAAUGUUCGCUUACAAAUUCCCAGCCCACAAACUUUCAAGAUACUCAAGAAUUUAAACGACUCAGCGAAGAAAUUUUGAGCUUGAAAAGUCAUAUUUUGGAACUUGAGAAGAGUAAUGAUCUUUUAAAAAGAAGCCGUAAUAUUGAAAAUUCGAACAUUGAUCCUGUCACGGUUACUAACGAAUACUAUGUUAAACAUGAGCCGAUUGAUUUAAAAUUUGAACCAC